UGCCUGCUCGGGACUUCCCUGUUGUGCAGGAGACACCCACCCACGUAAAGAUGGCUGCGAGAGGCUUGGCUUUUCACCUGAAAAUGGAAGAGGCGGUGGAGAGGUACCGCGCGGAGUGUCAGUGGGAGAUGGAGCUGGCGGUGGUGGGGCAGAUGAGGGCGAGGGCGUCCAGCCCUCGCCAUAAAGGGGCCAAAGGAGGACACGGACCUGAGGUGCAAACGUCCGAAGACUAUGGGAAUCUGCUAGUUGCAGAGGCACUGCUGGAGCUGUGUUUGAAAGAGAACCUUGCCAAAAUCAAAGACGCCAUUCCAUUAAUGGAAAAAAAUGAGCCCAAAAUGAGCGAUGCUAAAAAGCACUUGACUGGAAUUCUGAAUCAAGGGAAAUUGCCGCCAAAAGACAUGACAGAAGCAAUGUUGAUCCUAGCAAAGCUCCAUUAUGUGGAGGGUUCUUACAGAGAUGUUCUUAGCAUGUAUGUGAGAGCUGGUCUUGAGGAUAUGGUUGUAGAAAAGAAGCCUUUGUAUAUGCUGCGGCUGCUAUCUGAAGCAUUUGUUAUCAAAGGCUUGGCACUGGAACGGUCCCCUAAUUCAAUAGCUUCUCGGGCCAGGCUCUCGGAAAGAGAGGAAGAAGUCAUGGCUUGUUUUGAAAAGGCUUGUGUGAUUGCCCAAGUGUUCCUGCAAGAACUGGAGAAGAGCUUCAACAAUGGGCAUGCAAGAGGCAUAAAAGGAGGGCAUGCAUCUGCUUCAGAUUUUGAACUGCCUUACUUCCUGGAAGCUGCCCUGCAGAGUGCCUAUGUGACUCACUUGAAAAGAGGCAACAUCGUUAAAGGAAUAAGAAACCUUCGAGAACUGUUACGGACUAUGGAAACGAAGGCAACUCAGAGCUUCCGAACGACAGCAGCUAAACAGUUGGCGGAACUGCUCCUCCACUCCCUGAGCGAAGAUUGCUACUGGAGUCCUUUAUCUGACCCUCUUCCUGAGUUUAUGAACAAAGAUGAUAAUACUUAUAUUUGCACUACUCUGCGUCGGAAACUACAGUUGCAUACAGGAGAUAACAUCUACAGCCCCCACGACAACGUUGAAGAAGCUCUCCUCCUUCUUCUGAUCAGUGAAUCCAUGGCGAGUCAGGAUGCGGUAAUUAGUCGGGCUCCAGAACAGAAAGAUGAUCGAGCCAUCAGUCUCCGAGAUGCAUCUGCUGUUUACGAUCUUCUAAGUAUCACGUUGGGCAGAAGAGGGCAGUAUGUCAUGCUUUCUGAGUGUUUAGAGCGAGCAAUGAAGCUUGCAUUUGGUGAAUUUCAUCUUUGGUAUCAGCUGGCCCUCUCCAUGACAGCUUGUGGCAAGUCGGCACACGCUGUCUCAGUGCUGAGAGAAUGUGCAAAGCUGCGUCCAGAGGAUCCCACCGUCCCCCUCCUGGCUGCCAAGGUCUGCAUCAGUCGCCUGCACUGGCUGGAGGAAGCAAAACAUUUUGCGAAGAUGGUGAUUGACCUUGGAGAAGAUGCUGGAGAGUUCCUAGCCAAGGGCUACCUAGCCUUGGGCCUCACGUACAGCCUGCAAGCAACUGAUGCGACUUUGAAAAGCACACAAGAUGAUUUGCACCGAAAAGCAUUACAGACUCUAGAAAGAGCACAUCAGUUGGCACCGGAAGAUCACCAAAUUAUCCUUUAUGUCUCACUGCAGCUGGCUCUUGUCAGGCAGAUAUGUGAUGCGAUAGAACACCUCCAGGAAGCACUGAAAUUCUGCAAGGAUGAUAUGAAUUCCCUUCAUUUGCUGGCCCUCCUUUUUUCAGCCCAGAAACAUUAUCAGCAUUCUUUGGAUGUUAUCAACAUGGCUCUUGCAGAGUAUCCAGAUUGUUUCAGUUUACUGUUCACCAAAGUGAAGCUGGAAUUAGUACAUAAAGGGCCAGAAGAGGCUUUGGUGACCUGCAGACACAUGUUGCAUCAAUGGCAGACUCUGCAUAACAUUUCUCAACACAGUGAGGAGGAAGAGGAGCACCAGCACCAUCAACACAGUGGCAGCCGGAAAGGGGCAGUGAAUGAUGAUUCAGAGAAAGCCAACAGCCUGACGGAAGUACUGCCAGUCAAGAAGCAUAACAGUGUAUAUCUCACUCUUCCUGAUGCCCAUGACAACGACUCUGGUUCCCAACGAGCCUCUUCCAUUGCAGCUUCACGGCUAGAGCAAGCCAUGUCUGAAGUAACUAUGCACAGUACUGCCUUGAGGCAAGGGCCUAUGCAGCUAUGGACAACUCUGGAACAGAUUUGGUUGCAGGCUGCUGAGCUCUUCAUGGAACAACAGCAUCUCAAAGAAGCAGGUUUUUGUAUCCAGGAGGCAGCCAGUCUCUUUCCCACAUCUCACACUGUGCUGUACAUGCGGGGGAGGCUUGCGGAGAUGAACGGCAGCUUGGAGGAAGCAAAACAAUUGUAUGAUGAAGCACUAACAGUGAAUCCAAGUGGAGUAGAAAUCAUGAACUCCUUGGGGCUGGUGUUGAACAGGCUUGGGCGAAGAAACCUGGCUCAGAAGGUUCUGCAGGAUGCUGUCCAGGUACAGAGCACCAGCCACAAAGCCUGGAAUAGUCUCGGGGAAGUGCUUCACGCUCAGGGCAAAAACGAAGCUGCUGUUGAAUGCUUCCUUACCGCUCUGGACCUUGAAUCCAGCAGCCCUGUCAUUCCAUUUACCAUUAUUCCCAGGGAACUCUGAUCAUUUUAUUCAUCAUGCACAUGCAUCCUGUGGAGGUUAUUCCAAUAACAAAUCCAGGAAAUAAGCAAUCUGUUUACAGUGCAAUAAAUAAAUAUAUAUAUAUGUUGUUCAUUUGUUGUCCAGAGAUCGGAAAUCUUUAUCCAAGACGGCUUUAGUUUCAGGGAUUUGCAUUUUUCCCGGUGCUCGGAGCUCAGCAGAUAUGAUUUCUAGAUAAAUGUAGUUAUUUUUUGAGCUGCUGGGGGUGGGGCUAUUACAAUUUGCAAUAUUAUCCAGCACCUCCUUUGCCAGUGUGACUUUCUUCACAAGCCACCAGAAGUGUUUAGUAAUCUACUCAUCUGUUCACUCACUGUUCUGUCUUUGGGGCUGCAAGCAUUUGGUGAGGGAUGGGAAGAGUUUGUCAAACAUCUGGCAACUUACAGUACAAGAUCAAACAGGUCCAAUUUAAGCUUGGUCUGCCACAAGAUUUGCAAGCCUAGAUUAGAGUAUGGUUAUAUAUUACACAUUAUUGGCACCUACGAGGAAAUGGCUGUGGCAUUACCAAUGAUGAGCCACACUACUCAUCGCUCCGAGCCUGCAUCAUGUUGUCAUCCCAUAGUCUGGCAGUGUAGCUGUUUGGAGUACAACUCUCCAAAAGAUCCCCAGCCUGUAUGGCUACAAUUCACAUUGCCUAGGUAACUGUAAUCCAAACAAAAUCAGCUUUUCAAGCCCUGCUUGAAAAUUCAGUGUGAAAAUUGAAACUGUUGGUCAAAUUUUUGCUUGGUACUUGAGUUAAAUUUACUGCCAACCUUAACUAAGUACUAAAAUGACAUUUGUUGACACCAGAAAAAUUUUGCUUCCUUGUUUUAUUCACAGAAUUUUAUUUAUAGUAAACAGAUGCAACUCGAGUUCAAAGAAGUCCCCACCAAAUGCAAUACAGUUAAAUAAACACUUCUUUUUUAGCAUUAA